AGUCAGCAAAAAAUUGUGAAGUAGUCGAGAUGAGGAACCUAAUUGUGUUUUCGGUUGUGAUGUUCUUAGCGUUCUCAAACGCUGAGAAACUUCGUUUCGAUAACUACAAAGUGUACAAAGUGCAAGUGGACAAUGAGGAGCAACUGAAAGUGAUGCAUCAGAUAGAAAGGGCUGCCUUUUCGAGCUAUGACUUCUGGAGAAGUCCUUCCUAUGUUGGAAAUCCCGUUGAAGUUAUGGUGGCUCCGCAUAAAUUGUCCGAGUUUGAAGAUAUUAUGUCUUUCCUGAAAUUCAGUUACAGCCUGAAGAUCGCUAAUGUUCAAGAACUCGUUGACAAGCAAAAACCAGCAAAUCAGCCCGUAAACGAUGAUUUCAAUUGGGAAAGGUAUCAAACAAUGGAUGAGAUCAACGCUUGGUUGGAUCGGAUCGAAGAAGAAUAUAGCGACGUUUUGACACCCCUUUCAUACGGAUACAGCUACGAAUUGGAAGCUAUUAGGGGUGUUUUGAUAUCCUACCAAGCCGGAAACCCAGCUAUCUUCAUUGAAUCUAACAUCCAUGCUAGGGAGUGGAUCUCUGGUGCAACAACCACAUGGAUUAUCAAUGAACUGUUAACGUCAACCGAUCCUGAGAUUCGUCACAUCGCUGAAAAUUACGAUUGGUACAUCUUCCCAAUUACAAAUCCCGAUGGAUAUCGCUACUCACACGAUGUCGACCGCAUGUGGAGAAGUACACGAUCCCGUUCCGAUUGGAUAUGCAGAGGAGCCGAUCCUAAUAGAAAUUUCGACUACGCAUGGCAAGAUGGAACUGGACCUGGCGCUAGUGACGAUCCCUGCUCCCAGAUCUUUGCUGGCCCUUACCCCUUUUCCGAGCUAGAAACCGGUCAACUUGCUAACUUUGUUAACCAACAUCUGGAUCACAUUAAGGUUUACUUGACUCUACACUCCUUCACACAACUGAUUCUCUACCCCUAUUCUUGGACACCAGCCCCUGCUGCAAAUACGGACGAUCUUAGUCAAAUUGGACAUGCCGCAGCAGAUAGACUUAGAGAGAGUUUUGGAACAGAAUACACCGUACACAGCAUGCAUAGCCUGUACAUUGCAACAGGAACCAGUGGAGACUGGGCCUAUGCUGGAGCUGGAAUCGACCUGACCUUUGCUUACGAAUUCCGCGACAAUGGAACUUAUGGUUUCCUUCUGCCACCAGAUCAAAUUAUUCCCAAUUCCAUUGAAGUUAUGCAGUCAUUUAUUGCUUUGCUUGAAGAGAGUGAGAGAUUGGGAUACUUCUAAAUAAAAACGUACCAUUUUUUUUUAUCAAAAA